UGGUUUCGGGACAGCCCCUAUAUCCACAUAAUGCCAUCACGAUCAGUCUGGAGCUGUGAAACGCAGUGCCCGACACGGCUGGAUUGAUCAGCCCGCUGCCAUGCACUUCCACUCUCACCCGUAGAUGUCACGGGCUGGCAUAUGGGAAAACAUCACUCAAGCAUACUUAUGAGAAGAGUUGCAACAUGGAAUGACAUGAAACGAGCACAGCUUUUUACCGGAGCUAACUUUUUUUCCCCACUGCUGUUUUUUUUUCAUACACCGAUCGGGCUAAUUUUCUAGCAGCUUGAGCUAACCGUUCACCGGGUUAUUUUAAUGUAAUUAUCCACGAGACUUCGCUACCGCGCAGCAAGAUCUUUUGGCUCAUGACGAACACGCUCUCCACGUCGUAAAAACUGGGUUUUGAGACCGAGAAAAUGAAGAAACAGUUUAAUCGGAUGAAACAGCUCGCCAAUCAAACAGUUGGCAGAGCAGAGAAAACCGAAGUCCUCAGUGAUGACCUGUUACAGAUUGAGCGCCGUAUGGAGUUGGUGCGGGUCGUUUCGCACAACACGCACAAAAAGGUGACCGCUUGUUUGCAGGGGCAGAUCGGCACAGAUGCUGAGAAGAGACAUAAAAAGCUUCCACUGACGGCUCUGUCGCAGGCAAUGCAGGACGGUGGGACCCAGUUGGGGGAGGAGUCUCUGAUUGGGAAAAUGAUGGAGAUGUGCGGAGACGCAGAGAACAGACUGGCGUCUGAGCUAAUGCAACACGAAAUGCAGAUCGAGAAAGAUGUCUUAGACCCACUCAAUCAGCUAGCAGAGCUGGACAUUCCUAACAUCCUGAAACAGAGACGGCAGUUAGCUAAGCUGGUGUUGGACUAUGACUCUGCCCGAGCAAGGUGGUUGCAGGCGACCAAGUCGAUAAUCUCAGGAACAAACACACACGCACUGACAGCCAAAGCAGACUUGCUUAAAGAAGAGGUUGAUGAGGCAAUGAACAAAAUGGAGCUGUGUAAGGAUCAGCUAUCAGCAGACAUGUACAAUUUCUUCUCAAAGGAGGCAGACUAUGCCCGCUAUUAUGUAAUGUUAUUAGAGGCACAAGCGGAUUACCAUCGAAAAUCUCUCACCUUGCUAGAGAGCGUCCUGCCAGCCAUUCAAGCUCAACAAGAUUCAUGGGCUGAGAAGCCAGCAUUUGGAACAGCUUUGGAUGAGCACCUAAAACGCAGUGGCAGAGAGAUAGCGCUCCCAUUGGAGGCCUGUGUCAUGAUGUUACUGGAGACUGGAAUGAAAGAGGAGGGUCUUUUUCGAAUAGCAGCAGGAGCCUCGAAACUGAAGAAGCUGAAGGCAGCACUGGACUGCUCCACCUCACAGCUAGAGGAGUUUUACUCUGAUCCACACGCUGUUGCUGGGGCAUUAAAGUCGUAUCUUCGAGAAUUACCUGAACCUUUAAUGACCUACCAACUGUAUGAUGAGUGGACACAGGCAUCCAACAUUCCUGACCCAGACAAACGGUUGCAAGCUUUGUGGGUCACCUGUGACCAGUUACCAAAAAACAACAAGGCAAACUUCAGAUACCUGGUUAAGUUUCUUGCCAAGCUUGCACAGGAGAGCGACGUAAACAAAAUGACCCCCAGUAAUAUUGCCAUUGUCCUUGGACCCAAUCUACUGUGGGCCAAAACUGAGGGGAGCCUAGCCGAAAUGGCUGCUGCAACCUCUGUUCAUGUGGUGACUAUAAUUGAACCCAUCAUUCAACAUGCAGACUGGUUUUUCCCUGAGGAUGUGGAUUUUAACGUAUCUGGUAUGUUUUCAAUGCCUACACCCCUACCUAACAAUGUCAACCACCUGACCCCACCUGAUUAUGACUCGGGCACUAUUGAGAGGAAGAGACCUGGUAGUAUGGUGGGCCCUGAUGGUGAAUUACCUCGAAAAGACAGCUCUGCUAAUAAAUUAAUGGACCACAAUCCUCGUAGAGGCUAUACAGUACCUAGAAAGCAGCACGCUUCUCCUGCCUACCAACCCCCACUGCCCCCGGUGGAGGCUGCAGGUACUGCAGGGAGUCAGCCUACGGCUGACUUUCUGCUCCAGCAGCCUGCGCAGGCAGGUCUGGGUUUAGAGGGUUGUCAGACUGGGCUGGCUCUGGGGAUGGCUGCCCUGGCAGCAGCGCAGCAGCUUCUAGCCCAGCAAACUGAGGAAAUCAGUUCAAAGAGUCGAGACUCUGCGUCCACUCCUCCAGCUCAGCGAAAUGGCAGCGGAGGAUCCGGACAGCUGAAUGUGGGGACUCCUGUUGCUGGAUCUACAGGACCCAGUCCUCAUAUGGCACGCAGAGGUACAAAGAAGCCCGCCCCAGCUCCACCUAAACCAGCUAACCCACCACCAGGGCAACCAACCAAUCAGCCAGCACCCCAAACCUCUACUGGCACCCCUCAGUCCCUUAGCCCCUCCCCUAGACCGCUCUCUAGUCACUCACCAACCAAUCUGAGCCCCACACAACCACAGGCCCAGACCAACACAACACCACGUCGUCACUCGAGCAACCAGCCUCCAAUUCAGGCACCCAGCCAUCCCCCCCCUCAACCUCCCACCCAAGCCACGCCCCCUCUCCAACCCAGGGCUUUUGGCCAGAUGACUGGCGAACCAGGAGAGGACGUCUCCCCUCCAAGCACUCCCACUCCUCCAAGCACCCCUCCGCCCAUAGCACUCUUUCAGGACAGUCCGGGUCCCUCCGCUCCGCCGGCUUAUCAGUCAGGGUCUCUCCCUCGCCCAAGGCCCGUGCCUAAACCACGCAACAGACCCACCGUCCCCCCUCCGCCUCAGCCUCCGGCAACAGGAAAUGACAGCAAUGGAAUUUGCAGCGCUGCCUUCAAAUCAAUGGAUCCUGGGAUGACUUUUAAAGCACUGGGUCGUGCCUUCGUUCCUGAAAUCGCUGUUGAGAAACCUGUUACCCAACUCAAGGAUGCAGAUCUGGACACUGAGAGCACCGUUCUUUAAACGGAUCGCCUUGAAUCUGGCACCUGUUCCCGUAACCAAUGGAUUGCUUGAAGGGCUGCUCUUCUCACCAUUACCAAAGUGUUUAUCAUCUUGGCUGUACAUUUCUAAUGCUCUUUGCUUCAGACAAUCAUCAAUCCCAUUGGCACCACGGAAACGUGCACCCCCAGGAUGUAGCACAUCUGUUUUUGAUACGGCAGAAAUAAAGACUUUGAGGAAUGUUAAAGUAAGGGACUGGUAUGUACUUUACGGUGAAUUUGGUGAAAAUGAUCAGAUUGUUACGAGGUACUUGUAGGUGAGUAUUAAGUGGCCUUAGUUAAACAGAGCAAAUACUUUAAGCUGUGGAAUACACUACGUAAAAAAGCAAAAAAGUGGCUUUUUGUAUAACUUGCGACUGCAGGUCUCCGGUCAGCUAGUUUGCAUCACAUUCCUUAAAGUUGAUAUCUUUUUUUUAUUUGCUAACAUUACUGUUUCAGUUUGGAUAUAAGUUACAUGCAAUAUAUCAGUUUAAGGUAUAAAAAUUCCAAAGGAUCAUUUUCUGCCCUUUUACAGCUGAUGAUGUCAUGUUUGUCAUACCGGGGCAUUAAUAUGACUGGACUGAGAUAAAAAGAUGUGGUAGUGUACUGCUCCACUAUGUUUGAUCUGCAUAUGUGAAAGAAGCAUUUUCCUAUUGGACAUCACAUUGCUAAAAUGACUCUCAGUUUAUGUGAUGGAAAAGGUCAGCGCAUGUGCUUUAGUGAUAUUCUGGUAUAUUAAUAUUCAUAUGUUAUGGCUUUGUUUGUAUGUUUACCAGGCUUUGGCAAGAUGGCUUUGUAUUCCCCUCCUUUUACCACAGAUCUGGUACCAAAGGUGGGGGGGAUGUACCACUUGUUCAUUUUUCAACUGUACUUUAGCGAAGAGAAGACAUAAUUGCUUACAUUUUUCCUUAAAUAUUCCCACAAUCACGGUUAUUGUUUUGUUAAGAUUGUAAUUUAACCAUUUCAAAACAAUAACAAGAUAAAUCCGAUCACAACAGCCUACUGAUAAAUACAACUAGCACUGCUGAUAUACAAUAUACUUAAUGUUUUUUAUCACUCUUUACUGUAUAUGACAACACUGCUUUAAGUGAACAAAACAUAUGUUUGCCAUGUUCACAUUGUUAUUGAGAGUCAGUUUCAUUUGAGAGGAAAAUGUAGGCAAUAAUGUCUGCUGUAAGCUCUUUUUUUUUUACUUGCCUUACCGUGCUGCCUUACCCAAGUACACUUACCAGGGCUAUUUUACAAAGGAGAAAAAAAAGACUUUACACCUAUGAAACUAAAAUUGUUGAUGGUGUAUUUGAAGUUCAGAGGUUUCAUGCCAGAAGACAUUAUCUUUAAAAAAUUGGAAAAUACAAAAAUAAAAUGCUUGGUAUUACUGCUUCAAACUGAAUUAAAAAAGUGAAACAGAAA